AUGAUAUUCUUUCAAAACAAAUUUUUUUUUAGAAUUAUUUUAUUUUGGAUAUUAUACCUAAUAAAUAAACAUUUUGGAAGCUGCGAAAUUAAAAAUAUACACAAAUUAAUUUAUACAGAAAUUAUACCUAGAAGAAUACUAUUCGAAUUUGAUUUAGAAAAUUCCAAUAUUAAGGAUAUUAAAAAAUUCAAUCACUCAAGUUAUCAAAUGGGUAAAAAUGAAGAAAAUCUUGAUAAAAAAAAUAUUCAUCAAAUACUGAAUGAAGCCAUGGAAAAAUUUGAUAAAGAGGAAUAUUUAUCUUAUGAAAGAGACGCAAACAAUGAAUAUAUUGAUUUCAAAAAAGAUAAAACAAUUUCAAAAUUCUAUGAUGAAUUCUCGAAUAUUAAAACAAAGAAUAAAAUAUGCAAUAAACUUCUUAAAUAUUUAAUUAAAAAAUAUGAAAAAAUUUAUUAUAAAAAACAAAUAAAAAAAAUAUUCUUUAAGAAGUUGACAGAAAAGAAGAAAAAAAUAUAUUACUUUCCUAAAGUAUUAUAUUUUGCAGCAAUUGGUUUGGGAUUAGCUCUUUUGUCUACAAUUAUUCUUAAAUUACUCUUUAUUGCUAAAGCUUCUUUUGGAAUUGCAUCAAUUUCAUAUCUUUCUAGUGUAUCCUUUAUUGUAGCAAAAGCACUUGCAAGUGGAGCGUCGACUAAUCCGAUAAUUAUAGCACUCGUUGCAUUAAUAAUGGUUAGUUUAUUAAUUCUAUUAUUAGUUUUUCUAUAUCACUUUUUAAAUGAAGAAAAAGAUUUUAACGAUCAAUAUGAUGAACAAGAAGAACAGUAA